AUGCCUCGCAAACAGUUUAUCCUCGACCUAGAGGCCGCCAGUGCCUCUGACGCCUUUCCACAUAUUCAUAGCAUCAGACAAGGAGAUGACAACGAGUCGUUAUGUUUUUAUUUUUCCCACCCAGGGGAUCCUCUGGCAACCUACGAUUUUCAAGUUGCCGUGUCAGAUCUCACUGAAUACCCACAUACGCAUCAAUAUCUGAUCUUUUCGACCUCAAGUACUGUCCCGUCGGCUGUCAUUGGCAUCCUCGAGGUAGUUCAAGCUGCCGCUGAUGGAUGCUCAGUUUCCGACUUACUCAAUACCUUACAUGAUGCGCUGGAGAAGAUCUUUUUGUCUGACAGCAAUGAAGACACAUACCAGGAUCAAAGUGGGGUUGAUUAUUCUACUGAUGAUGAUGCCAUGUCCGCGAACUUUGAAGUAGAAUCUGAGAAUGAGGCUCACUGGGAUGAUGGAUUCUUUGACGAGGAUCAACAGUUCUUUGGGCCAGUGCAGAAAGCCAUUGGCAAAUCCUCGAGCCUCAGACCCGAUCUGCGAGCUACUAAAGCAGCCGGUUUCAAAGUGGGUUAUCUGGGCGAUCUAGAUGGUUCGUUCAUACUUUCAAUCUCCUGCCGCAUCUCGAAAUUGGGCAUUUCAGAGGAAGCAAUGCAGGCAUGGGAUGUACAAAGCAGUCAAUACUUAGUCCUAUUGCUUCGCUUCCCCCACGGGUAUGCCAACGCAAACUACUUGCUAGAAGCAGCAAACAAGACGUCGUUGGUACAGAUGCAUGUUAGUCUAUGUGCUUCUUAUAAGCCAAGCAUUAUCGAAGCAUUCCAGGCAUUUGCACACACAUCCACCGUUAAUUUACCGCCGUCGGAGCCUAUGUCAGAGUCCGAUAACUUGGGAAAGCUACUUCCGUUGUUCUUGGAGAUACCCCUAGGUUCGCUUCUCAAUGAACGAUUCAUCACAAUCCUCAAGCUGCGACAUCGCUAUUCCCUUUCAUGGUCUGGUGCAGAAUCUUUAUUCAACAACAGUCAGGGUCUAAUAGCAGUUGAUCAACAAAAUCCUCAAGAGAAUCAUGCGUUGUAUCGUUGCAAGGAUGAAUGGAGUGAGAGUGUUCCGCACUUGGUUCAAGAUGAUCAUUUUACUAGUGCAAAGGAUACCAAGUCUUUGUCUUUCCCACUGUUGGCUAUGCAAUUUACUCUUCGUCAUUUUGUCAAGUGCACCGAGUUCUGUCUCGUCUGCCAUUGCAGAAUUGAUGCCAACUUUGAGGCGCUAAAACCCUAUGUUUGCUCCAAACCUCUGUGCCUUUAUCAAUAUAUGGCUCUUGGGAUGGGCCCCAGCCUAGAAUGGGAGAUCACUCGACAACCCCUCGUGAUUGACCUGCUUAUCAGCUUUGCUUAUGCAAGUGCGUCUGCAGAGAGCAUGGAAGAACUACCUAUCGGCCUCGGAAUGAUGGUUCCUCCAGUCCAUAAUCCGAAUUGUUUACAAUCCGGCUCUUUGCAUCGGUCAAACCAACAGCUUACGAUAGAUGACCACGAACAGAAAAUGGCCAUCAAAGAAGGCGAUUGGAUAUUGAUAGACGUUUCCAGUGCAGGCCAGUACUGCUAUUGCCGAGUACAGAGCACAGACAAAUGGCCCGUUGUCGACAUUCUGGAACCAGUCACACAAUAUACAUCUGAUGUAGCAACGCCCAGGGCUAGCGAAUCUGUCCUUGUCAAGUUCGCUCUGCUUGACAUGAAUUUCGAUGACAUUGAAAGGGCGGAUCAGAAACAAACAGUCAUAGUGGCUCUUCUACAAUCACUACCGGACGUCUUGUCAAUGAAGUCGUGGCUUGAGUCGAUGUCCUCCGGAUCUAGGGGCUUAGCAGCGUGGAAGAAUGUGCCUCCAGCAGCUCUCGAUCUCCUACGAUGGAUUGUAGCGUCCAAGAGAUCUUGCAUCAUGCAGGAUGUUGAUACUGCUGAACAAGGAGAGGGCACGCCAUGCCAUAAUUUGGUAACUGGCAUGAAUGGCUACUUACAGUUUCGGUUCGCUCAAGGAUCGCCCGAUAAAGAAGAAAAAUUCGUGUCUGCUGUUAGUGACAAUUGCUCAAACUCCAAACAUCCAACCAUCUUUGCCUGGCAUGGCAGUCGUCUCUCGAAUUGGCAUUCGAUUAUCAGAGAAGGAUUACAUUUCAAAAAGACCACCAACGGUCGAGCGUAUGGGAAUGGUGUUUAUAUGGCUCAGCAAUUCAGCUAUUCUCUGGGUUAUUCAGGGCGGGGAUUCUCAGGGAUACCAGGGAUGCGAACAUGCUCAAAUUGGCCGAAGAGUGUCUUGGACAUGAAUGUUGCAGUGUCAUUGAAUGAGGUAGUCAACAGACCAGAUGAUUUUGUUCACGGUUCAAGAGGCAUCUAUGUUGUGAAUCGCAUAGAGUGGAUCCAGACUCAAUAUCUUUUUGUUGGCCGCCAUACGCCAGCAGGAAACUUCAACAGUCAACCUACAACGCCGAGUGAAGCUACGGCUCAGGGUGAUGAUGCUUACUAUGUUCAGGAUCCCAAACACACCGCCCAUGGGAGUGACGGGAGACACAUCAAGAUUCCGUUGACUGUUUUCAGCCGACGUCGGCGCAAUCUAGCGCUUGAAACUAUCGAGCAGAAGGAACAACCCAAGACCAAAGGCAAGACCAAAAAGGGGAAAGGAAAAGCCAGUAGCAGAAAGAGGAAGAUUGGGACCCCUGAAGUUAUUCCAAGCGAUGGUCUUGAGUAUGACGAUGACGAUCUUGCAAGCGUGGCGACUCUAGCAGAAGACCUUGCAGCUCUGAUCUCAGAUGCAGAAGGCGAGAAUGAGUCAGAAACAGAACAAGCAAUCAAAAAGUUGAAAUCGUCGUCAUCAAUGACGGGGAAGGUGACGACCAAGGCGAAGAAUAAAGCGGUAACGCCUUUUGAGCCCGGUACACUUGCCGAGUCAUCGAUAACACUUCUUAAACCGCCAGUGUAUGCAAGCAGUUCGGCCACAAAGGCUCUGCAACAACGACUUCUUCAGGCACUCAAGGUGCAGGAGCAGACGCCUCCAGAUGAACUGGGAUGGUACAUUGACCCUCAACUCAUCAACAAUCCUUACCAAUGGAUCGUGGAACUCCAUUCCUUUGAACUCUCGCACCCUCUGGGUAAAGACUUCCAAAAGGCGGGUUUGCAAAGCAUAAUCCUCGAAAUGCGCUUUCCUCAAGAUUUCCCUAUGUCUCCUCCCUUUGUACGCAUUAUUCGUCCUCGGCUACUUGAGUUCAACGCCGGAGGCGGUGGGCAUGUCACUAUGGGAGGAGCACUGUGCAUGGAACUGCUUACUGGCUCGGGGUGGCUGCCAACCUUUUCGAUUGAGAACGUACUACUAUCAAUUCGACUUGCGCUGUGCUCUAUAGAUCCCAAGCCAGCACGUUUGGCGGCUGGUGGGGGCAAGUUUGGUUCUUCGGCGCGCGGCGGUGAUUAUUCGGUUCAGGAGGCUGUGGAUGCUUAUACCAGGGCUUGUAGGACGCAUGGAUGGGAGGUCCCUAAAAACUUCGGGGCCAUGGCGUGGUAG